GAACAACUUGGCGUUCAGAGUACAGGCUUACAGGGGAGGGGCUGGGGCUCUCCAGGCAGGAACUGCAGGCAGAGGCUUCCCGUGCUGCCUGUCCGGAGAGGACAUGAGGAAUGCCUUUCGGUGCCUGGCUUCCUGAGCGACCCCCUGGUAGCCAGGCAGCUUGCAGCCAUCUGAUCACACUUCCCCUCAGCUCCGCCGGGAGCCAGAAUGCAGGCCAAGUACAGCAGCACGAGGGACAUGCGGGACAUGCUGGAUGAUGACGAGGACACCACCAUGAGCCUGCAUUCUCGAGCCUCUACCACCACCUGGCAGCCAGAGCCCAGGCGUGCAGAGCUCAGGAACCCCCUCUCCAGGUGGCGCCCGGUGGCCCUGACGCUGCUCGCUCUGUGCCUGGUGUUGCUGACUGGCCUGGCAGCCCUGGGCCUUGUGUUCUUUCAGUUCUACCAGCUCUCCAAUGCUCAGCAAGCUGUCAUUGCUCAAAGGGAAGAAAGGCUGGGGAAUCUGUCCCAAGAACUGCAGUCUCUUCAAGUCAAGAACAAGAAGCUUGCAGAAAGUCUGCACCGUGUGGCUGAAAAACUCUGUCGUGAGCUCUAUAAUAAAAGUGGGGGACCCCAGUGCAGCCCUUGCCCAGAAAAAUGGAAGUGGCACGGGGAUAAAUGCUACCAAUUCUACAGAGAUAGUAAGAGUUGGCAGGGCUGUGAAUAUUUUUGCAAUGCUGAUAAUUCUACUAUGCUGAAGAUAAACACACAAGAAGUGCUGGACUUUGCCAUGCAUCAGAGCUACUCUGAGUUUUUCUACUCUUAUUGGACAGGGCUCUCCCGCAAUGGUGGUGGCAAGACCUGGCUGUGGAUGGACGGAACACCUUAUUCCUUUGAACUGUUCGAGAUAAUAAUAGAUAGCAGCGUUCUGAGAAGCAGGGACUGUGUGACCAUCCUCAACGGCAAGGCCUUCUCCAAGGACUGCAGGGAGCUGAGGCGCUGUGCAUGUGAGAGGCUGGCAGGGAGAGUGGACCCUGAGAGGCUGCACUAGCUGCACGGAGUGCCUGGGUGGAGGGACCCACUGUUCAGCUCCAACCCAAAGGUCGGGCCUCGCCAGGCCAGUGCAAGGGAUAUGGAGUAGGAGACACCGGAAGGGGAACACAUUCCAGCAGCUAUUCGGGAAAAGCAUUUGGGUGCUCAAGGGCACCAGCACUUCUGAGCUUGUGCUCCUGCACAUACCAGUCAGAAGAGAUCUUAUCCGGGCGCCGCUAACCAGCAACCCCAGAAACCCAUGGAGCUGUCAUCCACCUUCGUGACUUAGAGAUAAUCUUUAGUUCUCUUCCUUCUCGUCACCUAUUAUCACCUCCUUGUUUCCUUUUCUUCCUUUUGCCUAAAGAAGCAAGAACCUCACUGAAGUAGAGGAACUCAGUGGAAAUGGUAUAGUUUACCCCAACGCUCAGGUGGUCCAGGCGAAAUCAGCACACAUUUCCUAUACUGUGCUGCUGAAGACACAACUAAUUUUCAUUGUUUGUUCCCAUUUCACACCUUUGCAGUCUAUCAGUAAGACUCAAUCUGCUUUGCCAAUGGCCAGCUUUCCAACCGAGACCUCUCUCUUUAUUGGACAUUAACUUCUAAAUGUACCUCUUUGUGCCCACGAAGACUCCAAGAACUGCUUCUUUUCCCAAGGAAUUUAUUCUCAGUAACCUUAAAUAAAUAUUCUUUUUUUUUUUUUUAACUCAGGGGAUUGAACUCAGGUCCUUGCGCUUGCAAGGCAGGCCACCGAACCACUGAGCUAAAUCCCCGGCCCCUUAAAUAAAUAUUCUUAAACAAGUUCUACAUCAGAAUCACUGCCCUUCAAGGAGGUUGAAGGCCAGAAAGAACAGAACGUCUCCCUUGAUUGCACCUGGCAGAGUUUGGGUUCAGUUCUUGCUGCCUCCCCUUUAAUCCUUUCACUUCAGGUACUAAAGAUAUAAUAAUAAUGAAUUAAAUGAUGUGAAGUAUGUGCGGUUUGAGAAUGAAUCUGUGAUUUGGGGGGAAAUCCAGCAUGGGCAUGCUUUUCAAAAUACAAUAAUCACUCUGGCAGCUGUGCUUUAUUGAGAAUUUAUGAGAACUCUGGGAGACCCUUGCUCAUCUGAUUACUUGGGAAAAAACUUGUCUUCAAAAUACGUAAUACCUCUGAGAAAGUGGUUUGAAUAUUGCCUCAAAGUGAAAUGUCUGGAGGCAAGAUUGUGACUUUAACGCAUGACUGAUGAGUAAAUUGAGUUGCGAUAGACCUCGUGAUUCCCAUUCAGUUCGUGAAAAGAGCCAGAGAGGCUGUGGCAUCUGGGUUCUCCACUGGACCUGUCUUUCUGAAGUCGUCUCCAGUCACAGCAGUAAUGGGAAUCUUUGCAAAUAAUGCCACUGCCACAGCAGGCUCUUUCAGUUAAACACGAAGCAGUUUUAGGGGAUUAACAUUAGGAAGGAUCUUCCAUUAUAAUUAUUUAUUAUUUUGGAUGCUUCAGCUUCUUUUUCAGUAAACAUCUAUGUCAUGGUGAAAUUAAGUUAGCAAUCACGUGACGGAAAAAUGCUUCUGUGUUCAUUUUUGUAAAAGUCUGUUUGGCAAGACUGCAAUUUAUCGGAGCACUUGCAGAUUCUUCCUUGAGAAUUUAAAAAGUUUUUUAAAAAUCUGAUUAGCCAGGAAAUUUCUUUACCUUUAAAUACAUUUCAUGCUUGAUUUAUUGUGUCCUGCAAAGAGAACUGUAUUUGUUGU